AUGAGCUACAAGACUCUAUGGAGUUGGCUAAUCCAAGCCUUAGAGAAGCCAUCGCGGCUCUGGACCUCCUCUGCAGUUCAAUGCUUUCGGCAUGCGGGUUUCAUGACCCGCAUUGAAGAAGCUUCCGAGGAAGCAACCGAAGAUUUGACGUUGGAUGGCACAGAGGAAGAAUGCCAGCUUGAAGAAACCUGGAGACAGUUCGAGCGCUUUGUCGGUGCUGAGCCACACAGCAUGUGCAUUGAGGACUUCGUUGGCGGUGACGACAGCACCGGAACAGUGGCGGAGUUAACAGACGUGGAGAUCGCUGCAGAAGUGACUGCUGAGCGGCCAAACGAAGACGCUGCCGAGGCUGAUCCAGCAAGCGCUGAUGUUACCCCACUCCCUACUGCAACUGAGGCUGUAGCUGCUUUGGCCGUUGUAAGCCGUUACUGCGGCGCAAUAGAAGGGACUGGACUGUCUCUUGUGGACAAUUUGGACUAUGUUGAAGACGCCGUGGUCAAACACGCGGUUGCCAAUAUGAAGCAGGCUACUCUGCUUCAGUACUUUCAGCGAACUAAAUAA